ACAAGCACCAAAAAAAUGCAACAACAAUAAAAAUAAAUACAUAAACAUUUUAAUGUUGUUGCUACGGCUGCUGCUGCUGCUGCUGCCGCCAGCGGCUAGAAAAAUAUUUAUGCGGCCGGCUGCGACGCAUUUCAUUUCAAUAAUAAUGAAAACAAAAGUUAAAACAAAACGAAGAAAACACAACAAACACACACAAACCAAUAACAAUAACCGCUAGCGCGCUGUGCGUAAAAGAGAGCGAGAGUUACCAGCUAAACAGAUCGCAGCAGCUAGAGGGAGACGAUUACGGCAAAGAAGAAUCACCCCACCUCCCCUUCGCCUAUCCAAGCAAAGGCCCAAUGCUGCUUGUAAUGAUGACAACCGUUACAGUUGCUUCUUCUGAAAUACGCUUUCCAGCCACACAGUACAUUCAUUUUCCCGUCGCAUUGGAAGCUGUCAGAAUUGCCAAUACGGUGAAUUUACUACUUGCGCUUUGUACUGCGUCUGACACUCUGGCAACACGCAACAAUGGCAAAAACAAAAUCAAAAUGGCUGUUACAACAUACAAUGCAAAUGCAUGAAACUGGUAAAAUGGAAAAAAAGUAAGAGUAUAAAGAAGCCGAUCGAUUGAAAUCGAUGGAUCGCAUUUCCCGUUUGAGCGCCGCAGUCGCCAACGUUGGACUGGCCGUAUAUAAAUUUUGACAAAAGAAAGAUUUCGGUUUAAACCAAUUUUGGCAAUGUGACAACGAGCGAGUGACAGAGUGGACCACAAAUAACCAAUCAACCAAAGAAAAAGAGAAUCGAGAAACUAGAAACCAGAAAUCAAAGUGAUGCCGUGCAGUAAGGUGUUGAUAACGUUGUCAGCUCUGUUGCUGCUGUCGCUGCUGGCAGUCGUGUCAGCCUUUGGCAACGAAUAUGUGCACAUUAAAGUGCACGUGCCCAAGGAUCAGGCACCGAGCAUUGCCGUCGAUGCCGAGCCCGUCUCACCGCACAAAGUCAUCCAUCACUUUCACCACCAUGCGCCACCACAUCAGAGAUUACGCGGACGCGCACCACCGCCGUCCAAGCUGAAGACAAGUCCGCUGCUGGAGAGUGUCAUUUUAUCGGACUUGGAUAAACCGCUGCACAUGAGCGAGCAUGCCGAUUAUCUGAAUCAUGCCAAGGAGCUGGCCGAGCAUCUCAGCGAAACGUAUGUGGUCAAAAAGGCGCCGCCUCCGCCGCCCAAAAAGAAGGUCAACACGUACACCAUCAUUGAGGAGAAACAUCGUUCCAACGGCUACGAUUAUGAGCCGCGACCACAGCAUGAUGUGGACACUUAUCACGUGAUUGACAAGCGACCACAACAUCAAUACCAUAAGCAGCAGCAUCAGCACCACUAUCAUCAGCAGCCCGACGACGACGAUGACGAUGUGGGCUAUCAUUAUGCCGCCCCAGGACGAGUGCAUCGCAACAAGGCGCCGUACUUGAGCGGCGCCUAUGCAGAGCCAGCGCCCGUUGAGGAACCUUCGGAUUUGGAUCAGGGCUACAGCUACACGCCGCCUUCCUAUCCGUCAGCUCGUGCACCCGCUCACACGCUGGAAGCGCCGGAUGAAUCGCCCCUAGAGACGCAAUAUCUAUUCGAUUACGGGCCAAGCGGCAGCGGCGGGAGCAGCAGUGGCUUCCGACCAUCGCCUCAACUGCACACACAGCCACAGGAUAUCUAUGAAGACGAUAUUGAUGCCUAUGCAGGUCCAGUGCCCACACGGCGGCGUCGUCCCAGCUCCCAGGAUUGGGCAAGUCGCUCUGGCUAUAGUGGUAACGGCGUCGAUAGCUAUAAGGCGGGACACGUGCAGGGCCUAGGCAGUAGUCGGUAUCCACAAACCGGACCCUAUCUAUGAGGGAGUUCUUCCAAAUUCUAAUUAUAAUGUUACUUUAUUCACAUUCUUUUUUUUUUG